AUGUCCAACAAUAUACCUUGGUCCAGAAGCAACGGAAAGACGACCACCGAACAAUCUCUUUCGAGAAGCUGGUCUGCGAGGAAGAAUAUCGAGGUUAAGGCUUCAUGGAGGCGAGACCAGAGCGGCGAGGAAUUGCUCGCUGCCAAAAGCCAGAGCACGCAGUCGCCUUCAAAGAGAAGGCCAUCGCCUGCCACCCACACUUCAUGGACUAGGCAGAGUAAUGAGUUGCCAUCUACACCCAGCAAGCCUGUUGCCUCUUCGAAUCUGCGUGGCCAAUCGGGCUAUGCUUUCGGCUUCCUCCCUCCGCCCGUUUCGUCGCACGCCGCUCGAAACGGACGCCAGCGGGACAGCCCCAAGGCCGCUUCCAAGGGAAGGCCUUUGGAGAUCAUGCCGACCAGACACCACCAGAGCCAAGACGCCACUCCAAGUCGUCGCCAGGCAAACAUCAACUGGCGAAGCUCCAUUAAUCCCACACUCAACCCGCGACCGGAUCUGCGCCCAGUAACACUCAGCCACAAAGCCCUCGUCCCGCAAGAACUCUUCCCCGGGCGCAUAGUCCACAUCAAGAGGGAUCUCAGCCUUCCGGAUAGCGAGCAGGGCUGGCGAAACCACCCAGCCGUCAUCCUCAGCAGACAACCACGCGAACAACUCGUGGCGGUCGCGAUGACGACCAGCUGGACAAACAUCCAAGACGGAAUGAUCGGAAAGUUCAUCGGCACGCAGCAACGCCUUGCCUACGAGCGAUCCUUCUGCCGACUCGUCAGUCACUGUACUCUCGAAACACGUCUCGAGACACCGGCACACAUACCAAUCUUGCAGUACGAGGGCGCGGCGGUGUUUGUGCGGGAUACGUAUGUGGACUGUCGUGCUGUGAGGGUGGUAGAGGAGAGUGACCUGCAUAAAUAUUACCGGCAGGGGACGAGGGAGGAGGCGUGGAUGGAUAGAGGGUCGUUUCGGAAGCUCAAAGAGCAUUUCAAGAUGCUGGCAACGAUGGAGGAUUUCCCGUGGGAGCCUACCGACCAAUUGACGAUUCGGACGUGGGCGCACGACGAGGUGGAGAAGGAGAGGGCGGUUGCGGAGCUUAUCGCUGUGGGAUUCCGGGUCGUGCUCUUCUUUGAGCAGCUUGCUGUCGUCUUGCUUGCUUGGCAUGGUCCGAUCUUCGACAUGGGCGAGUUCGCUGGGGAUUCUCGAUAUGAGGAGCUACUUCACUGUUUCCCAGAUCAGGACUGA